UUCUGUUUGCAAAUUCUAUGAAGUUGUUGUAAACAAGAGGAAAAUAGAGAAGACACUAUUAUACAAGAAGAGAUCACUGUAUACAAGAUUUGAAGUUUGAAGAUAUGGAAUCGGCGUUUAUAUCAUCCACGAGGUUGAAUCUUGUAUUUGGUGUAUUAUUUUUGUGUUCGGUUUCUCAUGUCCAAAGUUGGAGUAAAGAAGGUCAUAUUCUUACAUGCCGAAUUGCUCAAAACCUUUUAGAGGCAGGACCGGCACAUGUCGUAGAGAAUCUAUUACCGGAUUACGUGAAAGGAGAUUUAUCGGCAUUGUGUGUGUGGCCUGACCAGAUCCGACAUUGGUACAAGUACCGUUGGACUAGCUCUCUCCAUUACAUCGACACUCCCGACCAAGCCUGUUCUUACGAAUUCGCCAGGGAUUGUCAUGAUCAACAUGGGUUAAAGGAUAUGUGUGUGGAUGGAGCAAUCCAGAAUUUCACCUCUCAGCUUCAGCAUUACGGUGAAGGAACAUCUGAUCGUCGACAUAACAUGACUGAAGCCCUUUUGUUCUUGUCUCAUUUCAUGGGAGAUAUUCAUCAGCCUAUGCAUGUCGGAUUCACAAGUGAUGAAGGAGGAAACACGAUAGAUUUACGUUGGUACAGACACAAAUCAAAUUUACAUCAUGUAUGGGACAGAGAGAUUAUCCUCACGGCUCUAAAAGAAUACUACGACAAGGACUUGGGUCUUCUCCAAGAGGAUCUUGAGAAGAACAUCACCAAUGGAUUAUGGCAAGACGAUCUAUCUACGUGGACAGAAUGCAACGAUCUGAUCGCUUGUUCACACAAGUAUGCUUCGGAGAGUAUAAAGUUAGCUUGUAAAUGGGGCUACGAAGGCGUGAAGUCUGGUGAAACGCUAUCAGAGGAGUAUUUCAAUACGAGGCUGCCAAUAGUGAUGAAGAGAAUUGUUCAAGGAGGAGUUAGACUAGCCAUGAUACUAAACCGGGUUUUUAGUGAUACUCAUGCUGAUGUUGCUGCCACUUAAACCGAACCGGAACAGACCGGUUUUUAGGAGAUUAUUUGGUUAUUUCACAAAAUUGAAUAAGAUUAAUCGGACAUUAUUUUCGUAGUAGCUAAUAUCCAGUUGACAGAUAUAAAAGUGUUUAGGAUUAAACCAUAAGCUAAUUGUAAAAUUAUAUUUCAUCGUUUGAUUGGAUUGUUCUGAUAAAACAGGUUAUUUAGUUGAAAUAUUAAA